GUUUUAAAAAGAGGGUAGUCUUCCGGGGGGAGGAUAAAAUAAUAACUUGAUAUUUUAAAAAGAGUAGAAAAAAGGUUGCAGAGUUAAAUACUUUGCAGGACUUGCAGUGUGGCCAGAUGGAAUUCUGAACAGGAAAGCUUUUGUUUGGUUUUUAUUUUGCUUCCCCAAAGAAUGGACGAGUUCGACGAUGAUUCCUUCAACGAUGUCUUGGGCUCUAUGGAAAUGCCCACGGCUCCCAAGCAACCCAAGGUCCAGGAGCCGCCGGCGGCAACAGUUGUGGCCAGCAGCAACAGCAAUCCCAGCUCCACUACAGCUCCUGCCGCCAAGCCGGCUUCAAAUCCCCACAGCGUCCUCGUGCACAGCAAGCAGCGUGGAAAUCCCAUCCUAAAAUCCAUUCUCACUGUCCCACUGGAGUUCCGUGACGACAUUAUACCCGACUAUGUGGUGGGACGCACCUCCUGUGUCCUGUAUUUGUCCCUAAAGUAUCACAAUCUCAAUCCGGACUACAUUUGUCAGCGGCUUAAAGCUCUGGGCAAGAUGUACGAGCUGCGAGUGCUGUUGGUUCAGGUGGAUACACCGGAGCCGCACAACGCCCUCAAGAGCUUGACCAGGAUCUCACUGCUAGCGGAUUUGACCAUGAUGCUAGCCUGGAAUGCGGAGGAGGCAGGGAAAAUCAUUGAGACCUACAAACAGUUUGAGAAGCGGCCGCCAGAUCUGAUCAUGGAGCGUGUGGAGUCGAAUCCGCAUCAGAAGCUGGUGGCAGCUUUGACCAACAUCAAACCAGUGAACAAAACGGAUGCCGUGACUCUGCUGCAAACCUUUGGGAAUCUGGGCAACAUAAUCAUCGCCAGCGAGGAGCGGCUCUCCCAGGUGAUGGGCCUGGGUCCGCGGAAGGCCAAGAAGCUCUACAAGACUCUACAAGAGCCCUUCCUCAGCAAGUAGAGAGACUCCAGCUCGUCCAUCAUUUGAAUACUUUAAUUUCUUAGCAGAAAGAAACUGUACAAAAAAUCAAGUUGCAUUAUUUUUUAACACCUUAAAUAUACCACCACACAUAUGUAUUGA